UUGUAAUUAUGUUAAAUAAUAUCUACGACUAUAUUGAAAAUUAUUGACGUAAUUGAAAAGAUAUAAAUGACAUUUUAAAUCAGUCGAAGUCCCUUCUCUUCAACUGCUACAGCGGUCGUGAUAGCUAAAGAAAAACAUUGAGACAAAAUGGAGUCGUUACCAGAAGAUGCAAUUUUGGAAUUCAACCCUGACACUCUCGAUGUGGUCAGGAGGAUGUACAACCUUGACAAACCUGGUGAAAUGAGCAAUGCUGUUGAUAUCUUCGAAGCGUGGGUUCAACAACAGAAUCACUUUAUGAAGAAAGACUUUAGUAGAGGUUACCUGGAAAGGAUGAUCAUAGCAGCGAAGGGAUCCGUAGAGAGGGCCAAAGGAAGAUUGGACAGGCUGUGCACGUUGAGAAAUUUGGUACCACAUUUUUUCGGUGAUUUUGACGUGAAAACGGACUUCAAAGAUGUUGAAGCAGGAGAGAUCAUCUACGCACCGCUUCCGAAACUCACCAAAAACAAUGAACGUGUAAUUUUUGUUCGAGUAAGAAGCAAGAAAAUGACAACAGAAGCGAUACUCAACGGAUUUAGAUUUUGUUUGCUGCUUGUGGAGUACAUGAAAGAAUAUGACUACGCAGCGAGCUACAUCUUUGCCACUGAUCAUAGAGAGUGCAACUUCACUGAAAUGAUUUCCAAGAUCAAUUUGGUGGACGCGCGCAAUUUCUUCACUUUGCUCGUGGAAGGUUAUGGAGUCCGUCUGAGUGGUAUACAUAUAGUAACACCAAACAAGUUUCUUGACGCUUUCAUGGCUAUUAUGAGACAAAUUAUGCCAGAAAAAAUAUCUGGAAGGAUCAGGAUUCACAAGUCUUAUGAUUCUGUAUAUGAGUUUGCGGACAAGGAGAUUUUGCCCAAAGAAUAUGGCGAUGGUACAGAGGAGAGAAGCUUAGAUGAUAUUUAUGCGCAAUGGAAGGAGAUUUUAAGCUCGGAAAAGCAGAGAGAACACCAUAGAGAGACGAUAAAAGCUUGCACAGAUGAGUCGAAGAGACAGACAGAUAAGUUUAAUGAGAAGUAUAUGGGAAUGCCUGGUACGUUCAGGACACUAAAAGUUGAUUAAAACAAUUUUCUAAUUGGCUACGUAAUAAGAGUCUACAGAGGUAAAGGAAAAAGGUGAAUGACCCAUCCUAAUUAUAAUACUUCGUAUCAACAGUGGCUGAAGUUGUCUUCAGAUUACUUGUGGAGCUGCCCACCCCGUUAGGGAUUACGGGCAUGAUUUUAUUGUAUGCAUAUUUUGCUAAACACAUCAAGGAAGGCAAAGGGAAAAAAGGAAGGGGUAGACUAAGAAGAGCUAAUAUAGAAGUAAUUUAAGAGAUGGCGAAUGUAAAAUAGUCAAAUAAUUGGGCUUGGAUAUAGAUAGAUGGAAACUGAUCUAUUGACAAGAGCUCUUGUUAAUAAUGAUGGCAAUUCUUUUAAUGGUAUUUAGAAAUAACAGUGUUAAAAUAAAAACUAAAAAAAUAUAUUAAGAAA